AAGGGGCCUUUGAAGGCGUAAAUAUUUCUUUCUUUGAAAAUCUAAAAUUACAAACCGUGUCUCUGCCUCAAAAUCUUGCCUCUACACUAACUUCCUGUUUUUAAGCAAGAAAAGCAAUCUUCUUAAAGAAUUAUCAGAAGGGUCGUUGAGUUUGAGGUUCUUUAAUUGUUCAAAAAUAAGAUGGGGGGAGUGUUUCUAGGCAUGCCAGCAGCGUGGGCAGGUCAUAUGCAUGAAGCUGCCGACCACUAUACAACAAAAAUUGGUGGACUUCCUGAUUGGCCUAUUCCUCGUCCUUCAACAAGUGUUGAUCUUUUAAAAUGCAGUGCUUGUAAGAGCGAUUUGUGCCUUCUUGCACAGGUUUAUGCCCCAAUUUCAAAGAAAAGUUUGAACAUCGAAGAGCGUGUAAUCUAUGUUUUUGGCUGUUUGAUGCCAGAAUGUAGCAGAACUACUGACAGCUGGAGAGCUAUUAGAAUCCAAAAGGCUGUAAAUACUGAAGGUUUAAAGAGUCAAUCUUAUAAGGCUGUUGCCUCACCUGCAUCAGAUUCAAAGAAAGAAUGGAAGAAGGAUAUAUGGUCAUUGGACUCUUUGGAAGAGGAUGAUGAUGACGAUGACGAUGAUGAUGAUGAUAACAUAGACCUUGCUGAGUUGGGUAGAGCACUUUCCGAAGCUGCAAGCAUGGCUUCUCACUCCAAGAAACAAAACCAUGGUCGUGAAUUAACUCCCAAAACUUCAUCCCCUGUCUGUGCAGCCAGAGUAGUUGAUAAGAGAUUACCAGUGAUUCCUUGCUUCUAUAUAUAUGCUGAGGAAGAGAAAUUUUCUAAGAAGGAUACUUCUGUCUGUUCAAAACACAUCUCAUCACCAAUCAAGGACCAUGAAAAUGAUCCUGAGACUCGAGAAGAAACAUGGGAGGUGGAAGAUUAUGAAUACGACAAGGCAUUGAAUGCUGACAGGGUUUACCUUAAGUUCAAAAAGCGAGUAGACGCAUAUCCAGAACAAUGUUUCAGAUACUCAUAUGGGGGAAAGCCGCUUCUGGCUUCUGGAGAUGCUGGCGAUCCAGGGACGUGCAGGCUCUGUGGUGCAGCACGUCACUAUGAAAUGCAGCUGAUGCCCCCAUUGCUAUAUUUUCUGCAGGAAGCAGUCAGCGAGAAAGAAAAACAUGCUUUGGAUAACUGGAAUUGGAUGACUUUAAUAGUCUAUACUUGUUCACAGGUCAGCCUUUAACUGGAUAUAUGGAUGGUGGGGAUGGAAAGAUACGUUGGAUUAGAACUGUUCAAAGGAUAACUCUAGCGACGAUGGCUGGAUUGUGGCUGAGGAAGCUGUUGUCGUACAAUAUGAAUAGCAUCGAUUAAAUAACCUAUGUUGUUUCGUAAGAUUUUGUGAUCUUAUGGUUUAUUUUCGUCAUUUUUUUUAAUUUUUUUUUUUUGAAGUAGAUUAGUAGCAGGGUUUGCAGUCAAUUGAGUCAAGGGUAGCUUUCUUUUUGCUUACAUUAUUUUUCGAGUUUGUUAUUGCUUGGUAUUAGUUAGUUAUGUCAUAUACUUGAGAUGUAAAUUGUCAAAUGUGCCCAAUAUAUAUUCGGUAGGCAAUACAAUUAUAUCUGCUGUUUUAAGCUA